CCCCCCCUUCCGGGUGCUCCUUUGGAAACCCCCAUCUUUCUGGUUCUGGAACCUCUAGAGGGCUAUCGAACUGAUAUUGUUGUCUUUCACCCAUCCCUUUAGUGUACCGGAACCCGGCCGACUUGCCAUCGAUGUUCUACCCACGGGAUGGAGUGCGAAUGGGACACGGAACCCGAGACGACGCGCCGCCAGGCCCUUCUCAACAGGACCGAGGACCUUGAGAGGGAGAACGAGGACCUUCACGAGCUGAUCCGAUAUCUCUGUUCCCGGCCCGAGUCGGAGGCUCUCGAGAUUCUCCACCGACUGCGAGCGACGGGCGAUGCGUUCCACGUCUUGGAUCUCGUCCGGAUGGGCGACCUUCUCCUGAAUAACCUGCCCAACGAAAACCGAGACGACGAGAAAACCGACGGUGCGAGACAAUCCAGUACGACGUCUUCCAAACCAGGGUCCAGCCAUGGCCAGGCGAGCGAGGCCCCCAACGAACCUAGGGAUUGACUCGGAAAGCUGGGAAUGUGCUCCGAGGACGACAACCCGGCAGCGCCUGUCGACAGAAAGAAACAGCUUCUUCUUGUUCAUCGACUGCAGAUAGACCAUCCAUCCGAGAAUUGCCUGCAGGCAUGACUGUACGCUCGCUUCCUCUCCGUUUUGGAGACAAAAAAGUUACAGUCAACUCGCGGCACCAGGAGGCUUUUUUCCCCUCUUGGCGCAACCGGACGACGGCGCGCGGGACGUCACGAAAAUUCCAUCAGAUCGCAAAUCAUCCAAAACUCCCCGUUGAGCCCUCAGCAAAGAAUCACAUCCAUCAGGGCAUUGCCGAAAGUCAGAGGCUUUUUGUUUCCCCUCCGUUUGCCGAUGCGAAAAACAACAUGAUCUACAAAAGAUAGA